AUGGGAGAUGCCGCCCAGCCCCGGCGCGCGCACGCCCUGCACGUGUCGGCGCAAUCCUUGCGCGUGCGCGAUUCUCUCGAAGCGGGCAUCGCGGGCGGGUCCUCCGCUUUCGACAUCGGGGGCCACAGCCAGAGUCAAGGGAGAAGGAGCGCAGAUGGUGCCGCAACUGACGGCGCCUGUCCCUCUUCCAGGGUACCCGCGAGACGCGCCUCGUUCGGGAGUGGGUCUUCGCGAGUGACAAAUGCUUCUUUCGGAUCGCCCUCUAGCGCGAACGAGGACGACUUGAGCCGCGCGUGGGACGAUUUCACCGCGUCUGCGGCGGCAGCGGCAACGGGAACUGUUGCCGGCGACAGUAGCGGCGGGGUCUCCUACGCGCGCCACGUGGAGCAUCAGGCGGCUAUCGCGCGGAAGCGACAGCCUGCGGCGGCGCCGCAGCAGAAGGCGAACGUAGGAGCAAAGCAAAACGUGUUCCGACCCUCCGCAAGCUGCGGCUCGCUCACGGAUCUCGUACCGGAUGAUUCCAGCGCGGUUGAGUACGGCGGGGGUGGUUAUGGAGCGGGUGGCUUCGGGGGUGGUUACGGGAGUGAUUUCUCGAAACCCUCGAAAUCUAAGGGUAAUUUGAAUCUCGGCGCCACGCAUCCUCCGUCCAGGAGGGGUUCAUCCCGCCCGACCCCUCCCCCUCCGCGGCCUAGUUCCCCUAAUGCCGUUCCGCGCCCCACUCAUUCGCGCUCGCCUUCCGCGUCCGGCGCGGUCGGCACUUCCCCGCCGGGGCAGAGUCGGGGCGGAGAAUCGACGGAGCCGAUUCGAUUCCGCGUGAACACCAACGGGAGGAUCUACCGUUCACACACCACACCCGCGUCUCUCGCUCCCUCCAAUUCCACCUCUGCCUCCUCCCCUUCGUCCGCCUCCGCCGCCGCCGCCUCCGCGUCCUCUCGUACGCGUCAUUGCACAAUCCCAAACUCGCUAUCGGUACAGGACGCCUGCGAGCCCACGGAUCUCUUAAACAGCCCCACCAUUGGCCGAUCUAUUCCAGAGACAUUUAAUGACACGUCAGCACCGGCGGCGGUGACGUCAUCGGCCGGCGUUAGCCCGCCAAACCGCGGCGAACGACGGCCGACGCGCCAGGUGUCAUUCAACGAGCUCGUGCGCGUGCGGCGCAUCCCGCGGCACUUCUUCUCCGCGGAUAUGACUGCCGCGGCGAUGGAAAUCGCGAGCGGGAAUGAUCCGACGGCUGGGAACGCGACGGGUGGAAGCGCGGCGGGUGGGAGCGCGGCGGGUGGGAGCGCGGCGGGUGGGAGCGCGAGUCAAGGAACGGCCGGAUGGCAGUCGAUCAACGGGGUCCACGCAUCUUCCCCCGCUUCCGCCGCUUCCGCUGCUAUUCCGCAAGGGCCGGUGGGGGCCGAGUCGCCCGGCGGAAGGGCGGGGGGAAGGAAGGGCGAUUCCCCGCCUGCGCCCGCGCGUUCUUCCGCUCAUUCCGCCCCAACGCAGCCCAGAUCCGCCGCGCCUACGUCUUCCCCCGCCCCUGCGCCUGCGCCUGCGCUCGUGCCCACGCCUCCCCCGGGGUCUUCCGCCUCCGCGGGGCCGGGAGGCGCGCGGAGGGUGGGCAGGAGCGGAAGCUGGUCGUCGACUGGCGGCUCGGCUGCUGCGCGGAACGCGCUGCCGAGCGGAGGGGGCGACGGGAGUGGCCGCGACGGCAGCAGCGGUGGAUAUCGCGCUGUAAACAGUAACGGGAUCAAUAAUAACGGGGCUAGCAAUAACGGCGUUUCUCCGUCUGUGGUGAUGACUGCUGCUGGUAGGGUGGGCGGCAGUGGCGGUGCCAGUAGGGGAAGCGGCGGGACGGACGGAGGUGUCAUGGAGGCCAUUGGCGGUGCGACUGCCAGAGCGGGCGGUAGUGGUCAUUCGCCGGGCGGCAGCAGCAGCAUGGGCGGCAGUGGAAUGGGCGGCAGGAAUGUGCCUGCUUUCGGGGAAACAGGUGCUGCUGGGUCGGGGGCGCCUGUCCGACACGCCAGGAGCCGUAGCUUCGUGGAACGUUCGGGCAACGAUAUUGCUCGCAUGGCCGCGUUGGCAGCAGCAGCAGCAGGCGGAGCAGGGGGAGCAGGUGCAGGAGGGAACGGGCGGGGAGCAGUGGGGGGGAUGGUCGGCAGGUGCAGCAGCGUCAGCCUCUUGGAUCGCCCGACGGCUGACGUCAGCAACCGUAGCGGCGGCAGCAGCAGCAGCGGCAGCAUCCCCCUGCGCAGGAAUUCCGACCGCCCGGAACGCGCGAAUCGGUCAGAGAGAACCGACCAAUCAGAGCGCGCCAGCACGCGGAACCUCUCGGUGUGUCCUCCUUCCCCUGGCACCCGCCGGGACGCCUUCCUGGGUAAGCCCGAGAUCAACGGCUGUAGCAGCGCCGGCAGCACCGCCAGCAGCAGCAGCAGCAGCGCGGGCAGUGGUAUUGGCGCGGGUGGUAAUGGUGGGGAUGGGGGUAGUGUUGGCACUGCUGCGCGUAACAGCAGCAGCGGCGGUGGCGGCAGCGGUGGUGGUGGCAGCGCUGGUGGUGGCAGCGGUGGUAACCGCGUGCCGGGUCCUUCGGUUACCUCGCCGCCCGCUCCCCGCUUCGCCCCACAUCCGCCAAGUGCCGCCACUAGAAGCCCCGCCUCAUCAGCCCGAGCAGCAGCAGCAGCAGCAGCAGGCCGCGGGCCCCCAUCGCACACACUUUCAGCUGACCGCCUGCCACUGCAGAGGGACCUUUCAGGGACAGGGACCUUUCAGGGGGGGGUACCGCAGGGGGCACAGGGGGCACAGGGGCCGUAUGGGUCUCAGGGGCCACAGGGGGCACUGCAAGGCCCCCCUCAGAGCCCCCACCAGAAGCUGUCAUCACAGGGCCUUCCCCUGCGCUCCCCUCGGCACGCUCGCCACCACAGCAUGGGCAGCGCUGCUGCUCUUGGCACCCACCCGUCCCCUCGCGCUACAGCCCACGUUGCUGCUGCAUCUUCCUUAGCUACAGCCAUUACAGCCGCCGGACUGGUUUCAAAAACCGCGGGUGAUUCUGUUUCUCGUCCGAGAAUGCCGCCCAGCGUGCUGGUUGGGAUCUCUCAGACCCUUCGCUCGCUCUCGGUUCAGUCAGUUCAGUCGCCAUCCACUCCCCGCUCCCCAGGCCCGCACUCCCCUCCCCCUCUCUCCCCUCGCUCCGCCGCUCCUCUCUCCCCUCGCUCGUCUGCACCUGCCCCCCUCUCCCCUCGCUCAUUCGCUCCUCCCCUUUCCCCUCGCUCUUUCGUAGCUGCCCCUCCUUCCCCUCGCUCUACUGCCCCUGUUCCCCUUUCCCCUCGCACUUCUGCUCCUCUCUCCCCUCGCUCAUUCGCUCCUCCUCUCUCCCCUCGCGCCUCUGCUCCUCUCUCCCCUCGCGCUUCUGCUCCUCUCUCACCUCGCGCCUCUGCUCCUCUCUCUCCCAGCUUCCCUGCUACACGCUCCCCAAUCCCACGCUCCAACACUUCCUCCAACACCUCCUCCAACACUGCGACUCGCACUCCUUUCCCUCCCUCUGCUGCAGCUGGGUUCAAAGGCCCAGCAGCACUGGACCAAUCACGUGCAAGAAAUGCACCGGCUCCCCGUCGACACGUGCGCUCUGCAAGCGUUGCAGAAGUCUGCACGUGA